CUCAGAAGAUGAGGUGGACGUGCUCUUACAUGGCACUCCUGACCAGAAGCGGAAGCUGAUCCGGGAGUGCCUGACUGGGGAGAGCGAGUCUUCCAGUGACGAUGAGUUCCAAAAGGAGAUGGAGGCGGAACUGGACACCACCAUGAGGACUAUGGAAGGCAAAUGGAAAUCACCAGAAAUGGGUACUUCCUCCAGUGCUGGGCAGACUGGACCUGCCACCACGUUGAAAUACUAUGAUGACAUUUACUUUGAUUCUGAUUCAGAGGAUGAAGAUAAAAUAGUUACACAGGAGGUCCGGAAAAACAGGAAACAUCAGCAGCGUCGGAUCCUUUCCAAUGAUGAACUGUUAUAUGACCCAGAAGAAGACAGUCGAGACCAAGAGUGGGUGGACUCACAGAGGAGGGGGUACCGUAACCAAAGAAGAGUGCCGCAGCAGCAGCAGGCAAAACCUUCAGCAGUGCCAAAUAGUGAUGCUGUUUUGAACUGCCCUGCUUGCAUGACAACGUUAUGCCUGGACUGUCAGAGGUAA